AUGCUCAAAGCUGCGAAGAAAUACGGGGUACGUCUGGACGUGAAGAACCCAUCCGAAACUUUGAAGGAGGCGCUCCCAAUCUGGUCCCACAUCGGCGUCAUGCAAGGACGGGUGAUGUCCAACUCCCGAACUUCAAGAUGCAUUCGCGAGAACCACGGUGUUGUUACCGUAGGGGCCUGUCUCAAUCUCGCCCGACGCUUGUCCCUACCGAGCCGGACUGCACAAAACGUCGCACACGUCCCGUCCGCGAGGUGCCCAUGCACCGAAUGUGAGGCUGAUCGCUCCGAAAAUGGAUGUACUAACCCGCAUCGAUGUGCAGCUGCGGCGCACGACUUACUUCGUAAGUUGCAGCCAGCCUGGGUCCCAGACGGCGCAAGACACAGUGACGGCCUCUCACUGACGAAGUCACGGAAGCGAAAAAACACGACCGCACGAGAACACCGGGAUAGAAUCUUAUUCAAUCCCUCUGCCUCAUCCACACUGCCCCUAGCAGACACAAUUCGAGCCUUC